GAGAGGUGGGGUUGCUGGGGCAAAGAUCAUGCAGGACAGCGAGAGGUUUCCUGGGCUGCAGAGGCCGCUAGGCGGGGGAUGAGAGAAGCGGGGCAGAUGCAAAAUCUGGAGAGCGCGGGGGCCGGACGGUCAGUCAGCACCCAAACGGGCAGCAUGACCGGUGAAAUACCAAGGCUUUCUAAAGUCAACCUUUUCACUCUGCUCAGUCUCUGGAUGGAACUGUUCCCAGCAGUGAAAACCCAAAGACAGAAGUCUCAGGAAAAGGAAGAAGGAAAGCAUGGACCCCUAGGAGACAAUGAAGAGAUGGCCAGAGUAUCUGCUGACAAAAAACAGGUGAAGAGAACUGGUCUUGUGGUGGUGAAAAAUAUGAAAAUUGUUGGUCUCCACUGUUCAAGUGAAGAUUUACAUGCUGGGAAAAUUGCUCUGAUAAAACAUGGGUCAAAGCUGAAAAACUGUGAUCUCUAUUUUUCCAGAAAGCCAUGUUCUGCUUGUUUGAAAAUGAUUGUAAAUGCUGGAGUUAAUCGAAUUUCAUAUUGGCCUGCUGACCCAGAAAUAAGUUUGCUCACUGAGGCUUCCAGUUUUGAAGAUGCAAAGUUAGAUGCCAAAGCAGUAGAAAGACUGAAGUCAAACAGUCGGGCCCACGUGUGUGUCUUACUUCAGCCUUUGGUGUGUUACAUGGUGCAGUUUGUAGAGGAGACCUCUUACAAAUGUGACUUUAUUCAAAAAAUUUCCAAAACAUUGCCAGACACUAACUUUGAUUUUUAUUCUGAAUGUAAACAAGAGAGAAUAAAAGAAUAUGAAAUGAUAUUUUUGGUUUCCAAUGAAGAAAUGCAUAAGCAAAUACUGAUGACUAUAGGUUUGGAGAACUUGUGUGAGAAUCCGUACUUUAGCAAUCUAAGGCAGAACAUGAAAGACCUUGUCCUUCUCCUGGCCGCAGUAGCUUCCAGCGUGCCCAACUUUAAACACUACGGAUUUUAUUGUGGCAACACCGAACACAGUAAUGAAAUUCACAAUCAAAGUUUGCCACAAGAAAUUGCAAGGCACUGCAUGAUUCAGGCCAGGUUACUGGCAUAUCGAACUGAGGAUCAUAAAACAGGAGUCGGGGCAGUCAUCUGGGCGGAAGGAAAAUCUAGAAGUUGUGAUGGGACAGGCGCCAUGUACUUCAUAGGAUGCGGUUAUAAUGCUUUUCCUGUUGGAUCUGAGUAUGCUGACUUCCCGCACAUGGAUGACAAACAGAAAGACAGAGAAAUAAGGAAAUUCAGAUACAUCGUACAUGCGGAACAGAAUGCCUUAACAUUUAGGUGUCAAGAAAUAAAACCAGAAGAAAGAAGUAUGAUUUUUGUGACCAAGUGCCCUUGUGAUGAAUGUGUACCUUUAAUUAAAGGUGCAGGCAUAAAACAAAUCUAUGCAGGAGAUGUAGAUGUUGGAAAAAAGAAGGCAGACAUCUCUUACAUGAGAUUUGGGGAACUUGAAGGUGUCAGCAAAUUUACAUGGCAACUGAAUCCAUCAAGAACUGGUGUUCUUGAGCAAAAUGAGCCUGAAAGCAGAGAGAAUGGCGUUUUGGGAUCUGUACCCCUGGAUGAAGAACCACACCAGAACAAGAAGCUGCGUCUUGCAAACCACUAAGUCUUGUCUGAACAAGGGGUGAAGCCC